CUCACUUCCUGCGGUCGGUGCCGUAUUGACAUCCGCCUUCAGGUCCGUGGAGCCGGACUUCCCCGCGCCCUGAAGCCCCCCGGCCGCUGUGGGUGUGAGCCGGAGAGGAGGCUCUUGUCUUCCAUGAGGAGCGGGUCGUAGGAGCGAUGACAGCCGGGCUGCUGCUGCUGUUCGUCGGGGAGCUGCUGCACGUCUGCGGCAGCGUCUCUGCGAACCGAGGAGGAUAUCCCUCUUUCACAGACGAAAUCCCCUUUAAAAUCUCCUGGCCUGGAGCUGAAUUCACGCUGCCGGCUUCAGGAGCUCUGUACAGUGAAGAUGACUUUGUGAUCAUGACCACAGCAGAAAAGGAGAACUACAAAUGUCUGCUGCCUUCACUGACAGGAGGAGAGGAGGAUGAUGAGAAGGAGUACAGCGGACCCAGUCCUUCUGAGCUGCUGGAGCCUCUAUUCAAACGAAGCAGCUGCUCCUACAGGAUUGAGUCAUACUGGACGUAUGAAGUCUGCCAUGGGAAGCACAUACGACAGUACCACGAGGAGAAGGAGACGGGCCAGAAGAUUAAUGUCCAGGAGUACUUUCUGGGGAAUCUGGCACAGCAGAGUAAUUCAGCAGAAACAGAUCAAGUGGAAGAAACAGAAAGUGACAAGCCAGCAGCAGACACAGAAGUGCCCUCUAAGAACAUUGAAGGCCAGCUGACUCCAUAUUACUCCUUGGAGAUGGGAAACGGGACUCCCUGUGUGCUGAAACAGGAUGAGCCUCGCUCCACGUCUGUGCUGUACGUCUGCCACCCUGAAGCCAAGCAUGAGAUCUUGUCCGUCGCCGAGGUCACCACCUGCGAAUACGAGGUGGUGGUGUUGACGCCUUUGCUCUGCGCUCACCCAAAGUACAGGUUCAAGUCUUCCCCAGUGAACGCCAUCUUUUGCCAGGCUCUGUCAGGCUCCCCUCUGCGGCCCCAGCGACUCGCCCAACUGGAAAAGGAGCAAGAGGAACAGCUGAAGCCGCCCUUCAGUGCAUCUUCUGAGACGCGAGAGGAGGAGGCGGCGCCAGUCCGAGAGGAAGCCUUCACAUCCACUCACAAACCCAUGACCGUGGCGGGGCAGGCUCAGGUCACGGUCGGCACCACUCACAUCUCUCGUCUCACAGAUGAUCAGCUCAUCAAGGAGUUCCUCAGUGGCUCAUAUUGUCUGCACGGGGGCGUUGGCUGGUGGAAGUAUGAAUUUUGUUAUGGAAAACAUGUCCAUCAGUACCAUGAGGACAAAGAACAAGGAAAGAACAUUGUGGUGGUGGGAAACUGGAACGCGGAGGAGCAUAUCGACUGGGCCAAGAAGAACGUAGCUCGAUCCUACCAGCUCAAGGAUGACGGAGUGCAGAAAGUCAAGUUGGUUUCGCACUUUUACGGCCACGGGGACACGUGUGACCUGACAGGGAAGCCCAGGCAGGUCGUCGUCAAGCUCAAAUGCAAGGAGUCAGAGUCUCCCCACGCUGUCACCGUCUAUAUGCUGGAGCCUCAGAUCUGUCAGUAUGUGCUUGGGGUUGAGUCUCCAGUCAUAUGCCGGAUACUUGAUACGGCUGAUGAGCAUGGACUUCUGUCAGUCUCCAGCUAAAAAAAAUAAAAAAAACAAAAAAAAAACAAAGCAGAUGACAGCAAACACGCAUGAAGGACAGGAAAAGGACGCCCAUGAAA